GGAUAACACUAGUACCUCCCUCUUAAGAUCAGGGCUGGAGCUAGGGUGACACCUCCAGGGCAGAAUUUUAAGAGGACACCAAAAAAGCUCAGCAACCAAGAUAAAAAAUAUUUUAAAGCAAUAUUUUGUUUUGGGUUUUUUUUUUUUUUUUUUGAGACGGAGUAUCACUCUGUCGCCCAGGCUGGAAUGUAGUGGUGUGAUCUCAGCUUAUUGCAACCUGUGCCUCCCCGGUUCAAGCGAUUCUCUUGCCUCAGCCUCCUGAGUAGCUGGGAUUACAGGCAUGCGCCACCACGCCCAGCUAAUUUUUCUAUUUUUAGUAAAGACAUGAUUUCACCAUGUUGGCCAGGCUGGUCUCGAACUCCUGACCUCGAAUGAUCCCCCUGCCUCAGCCUCCCAAAGUGCUGGGACUACGGGCAUGAGCCACUGCGCCUGAGCUUACAGCAGUAUUUUUUAAAAAUCAAAAUUAAUGCAAAAAUCCAUGAUGAGGCCAGGCUUGGUGGCUCAUGCCUGUAAUUCCAGCACUUUGGGAGACCAAGAUGGGAGGACCCUUGAGCCCAGGUGUUUGAGACCAGUUUGGGUAACAUAGGAAGAGCUUGUCUCUACAAACAAAAAUUUAAAAACAAUGAGCUGGGCAUGGGGCUCACACCUCUGGCCCCAGCUACUCAGGCUGAAGUGGGAGGAUGGCUUGAGCCCAGGAGUUCAAGGAUGCAGUGUGCUUUGAUUGCACUACUGCACUUCAUCCUAAGCAACAGAGUGAGACCCCAUCUCUUUAAAAAAAAAAAAAAAAAAAAAAUCCAUGAUGAACAAAACAAAACAAAAUAAAUAUUUUUUUGAGACAGGGUCUUGCUCUGUUGCCCAGGCUGGAGUACAGAGGUGCCAUCUCGGCUCACUGCAACCUCCGCCUCCUGGGUUCAAGCGACUCUCCUGCUUCAGCCUCCCGAGUAGCUGGGAUUACAGGAGCCCGGCACUAUGCCUGGCUAAUUUUUGUAUUUUUAUAGAGACACCAUGUUAGUCAUGGCUGGUCUCGAACUCCUGACCUCGGGUGAUCCGCACGCCGCGGCCUUCCAAAGUGCUGGGAUUACAAGCAUGAGCCACCGUGCCCGGCCUAAAUAAAAUUUUGAAGAGGCUAGAGCCCCGCACUUGUGCCUUGAGCUUACCUCAACACCCUGGUUCCACUAAAACUUUAUUGACAAAAUUAUGCUGCUGGUCUGCAGGAUGUAGUUUAACAAUUUGAUUAUUUUGGAUAUUGUUUACGGUUACCAAAGUUUUUGGACCUUAAAUUCUGUACCAGAGGUGAGUGCCGCACCCUAACCUUGUCUGAGUUUUUAUGUGUAAAGAUCAUAAAACGUUGUAAGUUUUCUAAAACACAUAACCUCUCAAUAAACGUUAGCUUAUCAUUGUCACCUUUUUGUUCGUAAUGUUUGAAAACUCCAGCUGUGAUCCACUACCUUUGUGGACUGCUGUCUCUUUAACUCUGUGCCACGUUGUAUCCCGUGAGCUCUUGCGUUUUUCCGCCCCGCUGUAUCCCAUGGUUCCCUGUGCCUUCCGGCUACGACUGCUUACAGCCCCGCCUCUUCCUCUGUGUGCCGGACCAUGGCGCAGGGGCAGCGCAAGUUCCAGGCGCACAAACCCACAAAGAGCAAGACAGCAGCGGCGGCCUCUGAAAAGAAUCGGGGCCCAAGGAAAGGCGGUCGUGUUAUCGCUCCGAAGAAGGCGCGCGUCGUGCAGCAGCAAAAGCUCAAAAAGGUGUGCGGGGACGAGAGAUGGAGCCCGGAGGGCGGCGAGUAGCGAGGGGUGGAGCCCAGAGGACGGCGUGAGGCGAGGGGUGGAGCCCGGGGGUCGAACCUAGAAGUCGGGAUCCGGAAGAAGAUCGAACAUGAUGUGGUGAUGAAAGCCAGCAGCAGCUUGCCCAAAAACCUGGCACUGCUGAAGGCCCCGGCCAAGAAGAAAGGGGCAGCUGCUGCCACCUCCUCCAAGACACCUUCCUGAGGACGCUGGCCCCAGCGCAGGCCAACACCCCACCCCCUACCUCCAUAUGGGACCUUGCAAGUCAUCCCACAGGCUGCACUGUCAGGAAGAGAGGACCCUGUCCCCCAGCACUGGGCUUCACCUAGAACUUCAGUGGGGGCCAAGGGUGCUGAGAACCCAGCAAUGACCAGGAAGAUACAGUCACCAACUUCAUCUGUCCCCGUGCCCCUUCCCAGGUCCUGCCUCCACAGGUUUAACCCAGAACAAUAAACCUGGCUUUGUCAUC